AAUAAAAAUUCUGAAAAAAUUUAUGAAGACAAAAAUAUUUUUUUUUAAAUAUCAAGAAGUUGAUUCAAUGGCACUAACAAUAACUUCAAAGUAGGGAAGAUAUUGACAAAACAAUUCUAAUGGACGAUAAUAUAUGAAGAUACCACCCAAAAUGCAAUAUGUUUUAAUGCUUGAGAAAAACAUUUUUAACGAUUUUGAAAUUGUUUUAAAAUUCUAAUAAAAUAUCGAUGUCUUGCAAAACACAAGUACAACAAUUGCGAUAUUCUCAAAAUAUUCAUCAGGACGUGCAUUUGCGAAAACCCGCACAGACGUGGUACUACAAGCAUAAACGUAGUAAACAUCUAACCAUCUGCAAUAUAUCACCUAAGAAUAUACAUCCAAAAUUAUUGGAAAGCUAACAAUAGUUUUGUCAAAAUUUUUAGUUCAUAUGCACAACAAUUGCAGUAUUUUAAAUUAACGUUUUGUUAAAUUAUUAAAUUAAAAAAGGAUACAAGUACACUGUGAAAAAUGGCGCACAAUAAUCACAACUUCCAAUUGCCCGAUCAUUUCAUAGAACUCUUUAGGAAUGGUAAUUUCGUAGAUCCAGACGAAGAUGCAGCAAUACAAUCAAAUCAACUUAAUGCUAAUGAUGAUACGACUGUGGCUUGGGUGUUUGGGUAUGGAUCUCUUUGUUGGUUUCCAGGCUUUGACUUCAGCAAAUGUAUAACUGGAUAUAUACGCGGAUAUUCAAGGAGAUUUUGGCAAGGGAAUACAACACACCGCGGUACUGAAGAAAAGCCCGGACGUGUCGCUACACUCAUUGAGGACAAAGAAGGUAUUACUUGGGGAUGCGCAUACAAAAUUUCUGGCAAUACUGCUUUGGAAUAUUUAAAACAGAGGGAGUGCACCCUAGGUGGUUACGCUACUAUUGAAACAAAGUUCUAUCCCCGUGUUGCUUCUUAUGACACUCCAUUCAGUGGUGAGGCAGUUGAAGUGUUAAUGUACAUCGCAACUCCAACUAAUGUGCAUUGGCUAGGCGAAGACACACCACAAAAUAUAGCAACACAAAUUGUGGAAUGCUCUGGUUCAACUGGACACAAUGUGGAAUAUUUAAUACGUCUCGCAAUAUUCAUGCGAGAAGAAAUUCCGGAUGCUGAAGAUGGAAAUUUAUUUGAGUUAGAAUAUUUAGUUUUAGAAGAAUUACAAAAACGACAAAUACCACUUUGGUCAGUAAUGGGCGCAAAUCCAGAGCGUAUACGCAGAGACUCCCAUGAGAAUAUCAGACGUCCACCAUCAUUCGAAUUCACAUCGCGCAUAGUUGAACGUAAACUUCGUUGCUUAAAUAUUUAAUGAAAUGAUCACACUAUGUAGACCUCUUCGGCAUCACUUCAGUUGUCCAUCAGAAUUUUCAUCAUAUUAGGAGCAGCUGAAGUCUUUAAGUUGUUUUAAAUAUAUAAAAAACCAUAGUUCGUAUUAUCAUUGAGGCGGCAAUUAUAGUUAAUUGCAAAGAAUUGUUGUGAAAAUAUUAGACGUGGAAUAAUAAUUUACGUCUAGAAUUAUUGAGCUUAAAUCUUAUUGGAAGUCUAAGCAAUGCCAUUGGAUUCACGUUUUACUUUUAUAAGACCUAUGAUGGAUUGUAUCCUGAACAAGGUAGCUAAUAACCAAACGCACAAUUUUAUAUUUUUUUAAGGAUGGAAGUCUAUAUGUACCAUACGUUAAAUAUAUGCAACAAUUCUCCUUAAAGUAUCGAACCUCUAUCAUCAUUUGAGUCGACAUAAUAACUAUAAUCAACUAACCAUAAGACAUUUUAACUGAAUAACAAUAUUGGAGAAAAUCAGAAUUCUGCAAUAUUGGCUGUUUUUCAAACGAAUUCUCAUCUGACUUCAAGUAUCCACGAAAUUUACAAACGGAUUCGCUGAACAAAACCCUCAUUGCUUAAAUAUUAACAAACAAUUAACGCAGUUUGAGUUAUAUAGCUUAAUGAUACUUUUCCAAGGACUUUUAUAAAAAUAUAAGACAACUAUCUUCAGUUCAAUCAAUGUCCUUUUAGCAUAACUAAUUGCAAACUGCGUUGCUUAAAUAUUUUUAAGAAACGCAGUUCGUACUAACCACUCAGCGCCUUUUGCAGUCUCUAAUAAAUAUAUAUACCUAUAAGUUAUUGUCAUCUAUUUCUUACGAAAAUAUUCAUACCAAAUUUUAGUUUAAUAUCUCUUUAGAUUUAGAAUUGUAUGUUUCGAAUUAGUCAGAAAAACAAUGAAACUAUUUUUAUGAAAAUUAUAACUUAAAUUAUUCUAAGAGUACUAAUAAAUUGAAAGUGAUACUAUUAUUCGAUAAGUAACAAUUAGAAUAUAUAAGACUAUUUUAUAGAAUUUGAUAUUCAUUCAAAAAAUGCUAACAAAAUUAUACAUAAAUACUCCAAAUGAAUCACAACCAAUAAACAAACAUAUAAAACCAAA